CGAGAGAGUAAGAUGCUUAAUGAGACUGUGCUUAAGGUAAUCAUAGCUCUUUGCAGAAAACAGUGCCACACACUAAGUAGCCAUUGUGGAAAGGCAAAGGAAAACAAAGAUGCAUCCCAAGCUCAGAAGUGUGGUUCUGUGCCUUCUUUUCUGGCUUAAAGUGUCAGUGGCAUUGUCACCUGCAGAGGAUGACAGAUUGGAGCACUGGCACAGUAAAGCCUGCAAAUGUGAUUGCCAGGGAAGUCCCAACUCAGUCUGGUCCACCGGAGCAAACAAUCUGGAAUGUAUGCCAGAAUGUCCCUAUCACAAGCCACUUGGUUUUGAAUCAGGAGAAGUUAAUUCUGAUCAGAUAAGUUGCUCCAAUCCUGAGCAAUACACUGGAUGGUAUACUUCAUGGAUUGCAAGCAAGGCUCGGCUUAAUGGCCAAGGCUUUGGGUGUGCCUGGCUCUCCAAAUACCAAGACACUAACCAAUGGCUACAGAUUGACCUGAAGGAAGUCAAAGUUAUCUCAGGGAUACUCACCCAAGGACGCUGUGAUGCUGAUGAAUGGAUGACAAAAUACAGUGUACAAUAUAGAACUGAUGAGAACCUGAACUGGAUUUAUUACAAGGACCAAACAGGAAAUAACAGGGUUUUCUAUGGAAAUUCAGACAGGACAUCUUCAGUGCAGAACCUCCUGCGCCCUCCCAUUGUCUCUCGCUACAUCCGCUUAAUACCACUUGGUUGGCACGUGCGCAUUGCCAUCAGGAUGGAACUGCUGGAGUGCAUGAACAAGUGUGCUUGAUGCUGAAAUUCAGCUCAAGGGAAAACUCAGGAGUUAGUAGCAAGAUAGAGAAGUACAAUGAAUGCAAAGAGUAGGUCCUUCAUGUAUGUAGAAUAAGAUCUCAAUGUACUGUGAAAAGGAUAAGUGUUCUCCAAUGACCUUCUGUUGUGAAGUGUAUCCUCCUGCAAGUUUGCUAGUUUUAAAGGAAUUCUGUUUCAAUAAUACACAUACCCCCAUCAACAGCAAGAACAAUGCAAGAUGACAUGGAAUUAUAGUACAUUUUGGAACCCACACUCCACCCUGUGUUAAUUUCCUGCCGACGCCUUUCAUUUCAUCUCAUUAUUUUAUUUGGCAAAGUUGUCUUUCCCAGGAUUUGAUGCAAAGGGAUUGAAUGAUUUAAUAAGAGGGAGGAGAGAAUUUUUAUUCCAAUAAAAUAAAAUAAAAAUUAUUUCACCCAUCACUCUUUUCUGAACAUUGUCUUAGGCAACUAUGUCUCUGAAGUGUAAAGGCAACGUGUGAUGAGAAUUGCUUUCUCCAGUGACAAUCUGAUACCCCACCAAAACGAUAUACAAAACCAUAGAGAAUAAGCAUUCUCAUUUCAACGUGCUUUAAAUUGGAAAGAAGCAAAUUUGGGUGGGCCAGGGAACAUUUUCAUGGCCAAGACACCUCUGCAGCCUCACCAACAGUUCUUCUGAAACUGGAAGUGAUUUCAUAUUAUUUCCUAUUCUUUUGUCAAUUAAUUGUAAGCUGAUUUUGGUUUGGGAACUGGGGGGGGGGGGUGUGGAAGUGAUAUUUUAAAGUUCUGUGGAUCUGAGAAAAAAGUUACAAUGUCUUGCACUGUUUUUUAAACCUACUUUUAACCGUGGCAAAUGUAUACCCAUUUUAAAAAAAGAUCUUGGGGGUUCUGAGACUGUAAAAUGGCACCCUAACAACUUCCCAGCCCAUCCAGCUUUAUCCUCUUAUGAAAUGCAGUUGUGUUACCCCUUUUUUCAUGGAAAGAUUUGUGUGUCCUAUUUUGAUGCUAGAGAUGAGAACAUUAUCAGUAUGAAUGGAUGCCUCAACUUUAUCUUUUUAGAUUCAAGGGUAAAACAACCUGUGACUCACUUGUGUCAAUAUUUUCCCAGUCUUUGUUUUGUUUUUUAUUACCUAACACAGCAGUGGGAUUGUGCCCUGUCUCUUGUCUUCCUCUGACCACUUUUUGUAAUGAAAGCUUUGUGUGUCACUAGAGUUUGCUUCUAUUCUAUUUUGAUGCCAGAAAUGGGAACAUUAUUUAUCUUAUUGAAUGUGUCAACACCAUAUGUUUAGGAUGAAACUACAUGUGACUCACCUGUCUCAAUAUUUGUUUUUUUUAAAUUUCCCCAUUCUUUGUUUUGUUGUGUUGUAAUUACUCAAAGCAGAGGUGGGGAUUUGCCCUAUUUCGCCUUCUCCUCUGACCAUGUUCUUAUUACCAAAAUGGUCCAUGGAAGCUGCUUUUCACCUUUUGAGGGAAAAGCUACAAAUGAAGACGUCACAAUAGAUAUAAUAUUGUCCUGACUGCCAGAGUGGUAUCGCUUUUAAUUUGUGAUGGCCAAACAAAGAACCUUCAGGCCUCAUUAUAAUUAGUACUUAUAUAAAUAGGAGCCAUGGUGGCGCAAUGGGUUAAAUCCUUGUGCUGGCUGUAUGACUGACCUGAAGAUCUAAAGGUCGGCAGUUCGAAUCUGUGAGAUGGGGUGAGCUCCCGUCUGUCAGCCCCACCUGCCCAUGCAGGGACAUGAGAUAAGUCUUCCACAGGUUGGUAACACAUCUGGGCUUCCCUUGGGCAACAUCUUUGUAGAUGGCCGAUUCUUUCACAUCAAAAGGGACUUGCAGUAGAUUCUUGAUUUGCUUCUGACAUGAUAAAAAAAUAUAUUAAUAAGUUUAGUCAUCUAUAAAUCAACAAAAAACUAAUUUUUAUAUAGUAUUAUCUUAUGAUAUAAAACAGACAAAAACAUUUUGGGAGCCUAUUUUUGUCCUGCAGAUUGACAUGCUGUAUAGACGCUGGGGGAACGAGAAGUCGCAAAUGCAAUGAUUUCUUUACAUCUAUAAAGGGUAUGAGAAGAUGUCAGAGAAUGGCUUGAUCAUCAUAGUUUUAGUCUUUUAUAGCAAGAUUGGGCUUUCAAAUUCUUAACAUUUGCAACAUCAAACCUGUCAAAAAGGUGCUAGAUGUUAAAACAUUACUUUUCUGUUUUUCAUUCUUCCAAAACCGUUACAGUAAAUCAUAAAUUACAGACACAAUUUCAAUACCAUACAACUGAACCACCUCGUAUAGAUAAUCUUAAGUGGUGCUAGGAUAUUAUGACCUCUCUUUUUUUAAAAUAGUUUUACAGGCAUUUUAUAAAUCAAAGACUUAGAAAUCAUAGUUUGUGUUUACUAUUAUACAUUUUGUUGUUGUAAAAGUAACUUUGUAGAAAAUAGUGUACUUUGUGGGGAACUGAAUGUAAUGCAAAGACACAGAUGUCUUCGUUAUAUAGGUAUGUGUGUUAAUCGUAGAUUAUCCAUCUUUUAAAUGUAAAGGCUUUUGAUUUAAAAACUACUCUUGGAAAUAAAAGCCAGAAAUAUUUUGAA